AUGCACGGCUCCCACAUUUUGCAAGAUAACAUAAAACAUGGCAGAGUUGAAAGGAAUCGCACCGAGGACUUCACGAGGCCCGCUGAGCUUUAUAUUCUCUUGCCAGUAAUUUCAACAAGCAAGAGAAGACGAAUGUUUCACCUGACCACAACCAACCAGAAAAAGUCCCUAGAGUCCAUAAACUCUAGGCUUCAGCUGGUUAUGAAAAGUGGUAAAUAUGUGCUAGGAUACAAACAGACUCUGAAAAUGAUUCGGCAGGGCAAAGCCAAGCUUGUCAUCCUAGCCAACAACUGUCCUGCUUUGAGAAAAUCGGAGAUCGAGUACUACGCUAUGCUUGCCAAGACUGGUGUCCAUCAUUAUAGCGGCAACAACAUUGAAUUGGGCACAGCGUGUGGAAAAUACUACAGGGUGUGCACACUGGCUAUCAUUGACCCAGGUGACUCUGACAUCAUUAGAAGCAUGCCAGAACAAACCAGUGAGAAGUAAAUGCUGUAAAGGUGUUAUUUCUACAAUAAAACUGGUUACAGAUCUGUUUUAAGAAAAAUCUGUAUUAUACCUUUGCUGGUUUUAGGGAACAAACUAUAUAAAUGAAGAUUCAUUACCA